AUGUGCAGACAUGUAUGCAGGCAACUAUUAGUAACACGGAAGAAUGCAGAUAUGUACAUACCUACAUGCACAGGACUAAUAACGACAAUCGCUCCCAAACAUUUGCUCUCUCUUGCAGCACAGCAACGUGCUAUGCAGCGUCACGACACUGGUCGAGAUGCGGAGAUUAUACGUUGCAUUUCCGAUGCUCUGAUUCUGAUUCUGAUUCCUUACAAAUGA